AUUGUGCUUAUGGUCCUUGUUACAGGAGCCGAAGAGAUUAUCGACGAGCGAGGUUGUGAGCUAAUGAUCGUCAGGGUGAACCGGUGUAGUGGUCACUGCCUCUCUUUCACAUUCCCCAAUCCGAUUACUGGAAAAACCUCAGUACACGCGAAAUGCUGUCGAAUGACCGAUACGGAAUGGGUAAGUUCAAAU